CGAAGGUUAUCCAAUAUAUUUUAUUAUUUAUAUAUUUGGGAAAUCCAUCUCUAUCUGCAACAACCAAUAGAGAAACAAACAAACAGAAGCAAUGGCUGAUGAUCAGAAUGUACCGGAACUCUUUGAACUCAACAAUGGAACCAUGCGAGUCAAGAUCUCAAACUAUGGAUGCACUAUCACUUCUCUGUUUGUUCCAGAUAAAAACGGUAACUUCGCUGAUGUCGUACUCGGAUUCGAUUCCCUUGAACCAUAUUUGAAAGGUGCUGCACCUUACUUCGGUUGCAUUGUGGGUCGGGUUGCCAACAGAAUUAAAGAUGGUGGACGCAAGGGAUAUGACAAGGUGGUUUGGGAUGUCGUUGAACAUAACGAUGGUGAAAACCCAUCAAUUACCUUCAAAUAUCAUAGCCAUGACGGGGAAGAAGGAUACCCUGGAGAUGUUAAUAUAACUGCCAAGUAUACACUCACAUCGAGCACAACCAUGAGACUUGACAUGAAAGCCACACCUGAAAACAAACCUACUCCAAUCAAUUUGGCGCAACAUACUUACUGGAAUUUAGCAGGCUACAACUCUGGCAACGUACUCGAGCAUUCUAUUCAGAUAUGUGCAAAUCAUGUUACCCCAGUAGAUCAGAACACAGUCCCAACUGGUGAAAUCAUGCCAGUUAAAGGUACCCCUUUUGAUUUCUUAACAGAGAAAAAGAUUUGUACCUCAAUCCAUGAGGUUCCAGGCCUGGGCUAUGACCACAAUUACGUGCUCGACUGCGGAGAGGAGAAAUCAGGUUUAAAAUGUGCUGCUAAGGUCAAGGAUCCAUCAGGCUCCAGGGUUUUAAAGCUUUGGACCAAUGCCCCUGGUAUGCAGUUUUACACAGGGAAAUAUGUGAACGGGGUUGAAGGAAAAAGCGGUGCAGUCUACGGGAAACAUGCAGGACUCUGUUUGGAGACCCAAGGUUUCCCAAAUGCCAUUAACCAACCAAACUUUCCAUCUGUUGUUGUUCAACCAGGCGAGAAGUAUGAACACACUAUGCUGUUUGAAUUCUCAUCUGAGUAAAACUAUAAAUAGAUGUCCUGUGAGUAGAUGGAUAAAUAAGUUAUGUAAUUCGUCGUCAUUUUGCACUCCUUGGUUUUGUUCAAUCUUUGAAAUAAGAAAUAGAAAAUAAAAAUAAAAACUCCAGAAUAAGCUGUUUGCAGAAA